AUGCGACGGCCGUCCGGAAGGAAAACGAGAAAUCUCGCUAAAUCCCGGUACGUCAUAAUCGGCAUGUGUAUUAUUACAGAGCGCAUUUCCCUUCUCUUCCACCACCAGCACCGAUCCAUAAUGGAGUGGCUUCCAGUUGCUGCCCGGAAGCAAUCGCUUCUUGGAAGAAGCCUUUUAAACCGAACACGCCCAUUUCUAUCGUCGCAAGCCUCACGUCCUCAUUAUGCCUUCCCUCCGAGUUCCCGACGCAUGAACUCUCGUGAGCGUACAACCGAGGCCGACAUAGAUGGUGACGAAGAAGAAACUCGCCAGGCUUAUCCAUUAUCGGGAUACUACCAAGACAUUCUCUCAACUAAAUCACCCUACCGUCGACAAGCACCUACCUCGCGGCCCGUCCCCACGAAACCCGAGAAAUCAACACCAGCCUCCACGGUCGAACCACAGUCCCCGAAGGACAAGAUGUCGAUUGUCUUCGGUAGCCGGCUUCAAACUCCCGGUAGAUCAUCGCGGUAUGAUCCAGGCUCCACGCCUCCCGAGUCGAUGUGGAAAACUAUCAAUGGGGUUGCGAUCCCUCCCCGGCCGUCGGAACCAGAUAACUGCUGUAUGAGUGGCUGCGCUCAUUGUGUAUGGGAUGAUUAUCGUGAUGAUAUGGAAGAGUGGGCCAAUAGGCUCGAGCAGGCGAAGGCGAGGGGUGUACCGAAGACGCCGGAUAUGCGACAGAAUAAGAGGGCCGAGGUUGAGAGUGCGAGUAUGAGUAUGGAUGAUGAUGGGGGUGGCAGUGAGGCGAAUUGGCCUGUGGAGGACCAGAAGGAGGAUAUCUUUGCCGGUAUCCCUGUGGGAAUUCGGGAGUUCAUGAAGACGGAGAAGAAGUUGAAGAAGAAGCACCAGGAAGCCACGGCAUGA